GGGUACCUGUCAAAUUCGGGUACCCGCUCCCACUUCCGGUCCGAUCACCUAGGCGAUCGGAAGCGGAAGGUGUCCUCCCUCCCUUCCUGUAGUCUUUUGGGACACGUGACAGGUCCCAGAAGACUACAGGACCAUUCAUGAAGUGCAGCGCUAUUUGCGCAUGCGUAGUGGGUACCCGGCUGUGAAGCUGCAAGCUAUCACACCCAGGUUCCCACACUGAAGAUGCCGGCCUGCUGGAAUACAAAGAAACGGGCUGCGGGGGACACAUCGUGG